GGAAGUGGAAGGUGCGCGAACGAGUGCGCACGCGCAGUGGUUUCUCUCUCGGUCUCUCUCGGGUAGUGCCGUCGCCGGGGUGUUUGGGGCAGCGUCUGCCGGGAGGGGAGCUGAAGCGGCCGUGGGGGCGCGAAGAUGCCAGUGGCGGUGAUGGCGGCGGCGAGCGGCGCCUUCAGUUACCGGAAGCUGCUGGAGCAGUGCGAAUCCCAAGCCUUGCAAGCUCCUGGAGGAAUUGCAACACCACCUGUAUAUGCCCAGCUCCUAGCCUUGUAUCUUUUGCAUAAUGACAUGAAUAAUGCACGGUAUUUGUGGAAGAGGAUUCCUCCUGCUAUUAAGUCUGCAAAUCCUGAACUUGGUGCAAUAUGGGCAGUAGGACAGAGAAUCUGGCAGAGAGAUUUUCCUGGAAUUUAUACAGCAAUUGCUGCACAUCAGUGGUCUGAAUCUAUCCAGCCAAUCAUGGAAGCACUUAGAGAUGCAACUCGGCGGCGAGCUUUUGGACUUGUCUCUCAAGCAUAUACCUCAAUAUGUGCAGAUGACUUUGCAGCUUUUGUGGGGCUUCCUGUAGAGGAAGCAGUAAAAGGAGUUCUUGAUCAAGGGUGGCAAGCAGAUUCAUCAACUCGCAUGGUUAUGCCUAAAAAGCCAGGUCCCCUAGAGCCUGCGUUUAACAGAUUUCACCCAUUGUCAGAACCUGCACCAGUCCCACCAAUCCCUAAUGAACAGCAGCUUGCCCGGUUAACUGACUAUGUAGCUUUCCUUGAAAACUGAUAAUUCCAGUCACCCAUUCAUGACAUCCUGUACACCUCUUAGACCGUUUUGAUCUUAAGUUUAUCAGUUUCAAAUGUUGGAGUGUAUGUGUUAUGGGACAUGCUGGUAAAAGAUGGUAUUGUAAUUUUAUCUUAAUCUGUAUGUACUGGAAAAUUUAAUUCCCAUAAUUACUAGCCAGUUGCACAGCACUAUUAUGUUUUAGGGUUUAAACUCCUGUGCUUUACAGUGAGGUAGGCACAGUCUAUUCUAAAUGUGCAAAUGGAAUGAAAUGCUGUCAGUGGAUUAAAAACCAAACUGAAAGAGCAUGGAAGAAUUUGUGUAUGGACAGAAGAACUUGGGAAAUAUGCCUAAGAAAAGUCUUCUAUAGGUAUUGAAAUCUGUUUACAAGGUAGUAUUUCCUUGUUCAUUUUUUGUGAAGUGUUGCCAUUAGCUGCUCUAUUUUUAGUUCCCUCAUGAAAACUCCUUAUCUAAGGCAGAUUUUUAAUGUUCUUUGUUUUUAAUGUCCUAUUUAUUUUCUGUUGUUAACGCACUAAGAAGCCAUUGUUAAGGGCUGUCGAGUUAUUUACAAUUCAUGUAGCCAAAAGAUGGCUUUCCAGGUAUGCGAGAUGGUGAAAGAGUGUUUUACCAUUGUCACUGCCCCCUACCAUCCCAGUUGGCUUCCAUGGCUGAGUGGGGAUUUUAACCCUGUAAGGUGUGUCCUUCUCAAAAAUUUUACUUCGGUACCUAUUAGGUCUUCUUCGAAUUUUUUUGUUUUUUGGUGUGGGGUGUGUUUGGGGAUGGGGGGAAUACAGUUUCUAUAAAACUUCAUUGUUAAUGGUAA